UACGCGCGCUUGUAUAUCUUAAGGGAGAUAGCUUUAGAUAAGUAUAUGAAUGCACAUCAUUGUUUUUCUAACGACAGUAUCGAUCUACUACAGAGAAGACAUCACACGAUGGAGAACGGUACAAUGGAAAUACCCGAUGAAAUCAUGGACGACCCACGCCCCGACUGGGUAAAAAUUGUGGACACAGCUAAUACCGCCAUCAACACGCUCAACGUUGUCAUCCUUAUGCUAGGAAUGGGUGCUGCUACUUGUGUCAAAGAGUUAUGGCACCACUUCAGGCGACCAUGGGGGUGUCUCAUCGGACUUAUCUGCCAGUUUAUCAUUCUACCCGCUGUUGGUUUCAGCUUGUGUUUGGGCCUCGAUCUUUCUCCUUACCAGGCUUUAGGGGUAUUAAUCCUUACCUGCAGCCCAGGAGGAGCAUUUUCCAACUUUUUUACUUUCUGGGUGGAUGGAGACUUAGCCCUUAGCAUUAUGAUGACUGCUGUAUCUGCUUUAGUUGCUUUUGGAGCCAUGCCUUUCAACUUAUGGAUAUAUACUCAUCGGUGGACCUCUGAGGACUUGGAAGUGCCUUACAUGCAUAUCCUAGCCAGCCUUGCCUUGGUUGCAUUUCCCUCUAUUCUCGGGAUGUUCAUCCGCUACAAGAGCAUGAAGUGGGGAGGGAGAAUAAAAAAGGGUUGCGGAAUACUGGGUUGGGUACUUGUGGUGGCAUGCGCAGCCAUGUUGCUUUCUAUCUACUGGAAGGUUCUUCUGAAUGCUGAUCUGAGACUUCUGGCAGCUGCUGCAUUACUUCCGGGCGGGGGCUGUCUCAUUGCCUAUAUUGUUGCUAAAAUUAUUUGUUUUAGCCACAAGGUAUGCCGCACCAUUGGCAUUGAAACAGGAUGCCAGAACAUGCCCGUGGCUACGAACAUCAUGCUACUCUCCUUCAAAAACCCAACAAUACGUGUGCAACUAGUUACAUUCCCCUUGCUGUACGCCAUCUGUCAACUGAGUAUGAUCUUCGUAUUCAUCGGACUUUUCCAUUUGUAUCGGUACUGGCGGGGUGGAUCUUCGGGAGAGGACGAAGAUGAGGCCGUAGUCAUUAGGAAGAAAUUGAAUGAGGUACCGAAUGACGAAUCAAGAUGAACUCUGUGACUAAGAGCCCUACUCAAGAAUAUUUCUCAGAAACUCCAAACAUCUAGUAGUGCGACAGUCCUUUUGUACGCUGCCUGAGAAGAGUAGAUAUUUACUCGAACACUCGGGAGACAGUGUCGGGCUCCUGAAUUGUCCCGAUAUUUUAUCCUUACAGUUAAAUAUUAAAUGAAAACGGUAAACUGUUGUUGAAGUUAUGUUUGGACCCUUA